AACGGAGAGGGAGAAAGCAUGCACCAAAUUAUUUUCCCACAGAUUUCAUUUAUAAAUUUCCUAUGUUUGAAGUUAGGGUUUGUAUUAAAUUGGUAUCAUAAUUCAGAACACGAUAUUCGGAGGGUUUUAUAAGGGUUUAACGCCCUGUUAUAUUUCAGCCUUCUGAACACCUAGAACAAGAGAUCAAACAAGUGAGUUUGUUUCAAUGGUUUAGGAGGAGGAAAAAUGGGGAAGCCAGGAAAAAACACGAGAAAAUUUGCUAAGAAGCACCUGAAAUCAGUAAUAGACAAAAGGCGCAAGUAUAAACCCUUGAGAGAGGCGCGGAAACGCAAGAAAACAGCUUCGCGGGAUUUACAAUUAGGACCAAUGAAAGUUGGUGCAGAACGUGCAAGAAAAGAUGCAGGCAAUUUGACCCUGAAAAUGAAUUCACAAAAGAUGAAUGGGAUUGAAGUUAUGAAAGAUGACUUAAUGGAUGGUACUGGCAUUGUAGAUGACAUUUCAGUUGAUGAGGAUCUCUCAGAAAGUGACGAUUUACUCUCAGAGGAUGAGAACACUUUUUUUGACAUAUUACCAAGUGAAUACGAAGAUAAGUCAGAAGAAGAGGAGGAUGCUGAUAAUGCUUUACGAGGUCAAAAUAAAAUACUUUGGUCUGAUGUUGAUACUCACAUGAAGGAAUUAGAGAAACUUAAAGAAAAGGAUCCCAAAUUUGUCAAGUUCUUAAAAAAGCACAAGAAAGAAUUUUUGCAUUCUGACAAUGAUGAUGACAAUGGCAAUAACUCUGAAGAAAAGGAGAAUGUCAAGGAAGGUGUCAAGACCAGGAAACGAGAAGAGAGCAACCAAAAAAUCCCGAGGCCUUCAUCAAAGAAACUUGUGACAACUGCUCAAAUUGAUGCUUGGUGUGACGAAAUAAAAGAAAAGCAAAACAUGGGAGCUUUGCACUGCCUUCUUCGAGCUUUCCAAACUGCAUGUCAUUAUGGUGAUGGGGAAGAAUAUGAUUUUUCAUCAAACAUCAUCAUCACAAACAGCAAAGUUUUCAACAAGAUUGUGAUAUUUGUUCUUUGUGAGAUGGAUGGUAUAUUCAGAAAAUUUCUGGGGCUUCCUAAUGUGGGUGGAAAGAGGGAAACAAUAAUUGAAAUGCAAGACACUGCCCGAUGGACGAAGCUUGGGCGUCUCAUCAAAUCAUAUUUUGUCAGCACUCUUUACUUAUUGAAUCAGAUGGCUGACAAUCAAAUUAUUUCAUUCACACUUCAAUGCCUAAGACGAUCAAUUAUUUUUUUGGCAGCCUUUCCAAGUUAUUUACAAAAGAUCUUGAAGGUUGCACUUCAGUUGUGGGGUACUGGAGGAGAAUCCCUCUCUGCUGUAUCUUUCUUGUUUAUCAGAGAUGCUGCUAUCUUGUUGGGCUCAAAUUGUCUUGAUUUGUGCUUGAAAAGAAUUUACAAAGUUUUUGUUUCAAACUGCAAGAUUGUUAGUGCGGCCAACCUUCAACAAAUUCACUUUCUAAAGAAUUGUGUUGUUGAACUCUAUGGAUUUGACUUGGCAAAUGGUUACAAGCAAGCAUUUGUCUUCAUUGAACGGUUGGGGAUGGUUUUGCAGCAUGCUCUGACAGUGAACACGAAGGAAGCAAUUAAGAAGGCUUGCAGUUGGCAAUACAUAAAUUGCCUUGAUCUUUGGGUUAAAUUUCUUUGUGCAUAUGCCAAAAGCAUUGAUCUUAAGUCACUAUCCUAUGCAAUGGCUCAGAUUAUCAUUGGAGUUUCUCGCUUAGUGACUACUACACACUAUGCUCCUCUUAAACUGCAUUGUGUCAAAAUGUUAAACACACUUGCAUCUGCUAGUGGAACUUUUAUUCCUGUUGCUUCUCUACUAUUUGAAGUGUUAGAGUGUAAAGAACUGGAGAAAGCGACCACAAGUGGAGCUGGGAUAGUGUGUGACUUUUCAACAAUGCUGAAGGUACCAAAAGCAAUGUUAAAAGCUCAUGCUUUCCAAGAGGAAUGCAUGUAUUCUGUGCUCAAUCAUCUUACUGAACAUUUAGCUCAAUGGAGCCAUGACAUAGCUUUUCCGGAGCUAGCAUUUAUCACACUCAUUCAUUUACAGCGCUUCCAUGAAAAGACCAACCUUGAUAGGUUUCGACGCCAAGUAAAACAAUUAAUGGAUCAGGUUCAGUGCAAUGUUGAGUAUGUGAAAAAAAAGCGUGAGGAGGUAUCAUUCUCUCCAAAAGAUCAUGCAGCUGUAUGCUCAUUUCUUCAGGCUGAGAAAGAAAAUGGGUCAAGUAUGCUGUCAAAGUUUUAUGCCAACCUUCAACAAAAGGGAGAACUCAGAAAGGCUAGUCUGCAAAAAGACAGUGUGCAUAUUCUUGACAGUAAAAGCAUAAUCUCGGCAAAAGGAGUGACACCCAUGUCUCAUGGUAAAUCUGGGUGUGACAUGAAAGAGGUCAAGGAAGCUUUUAUCAGUACCGGUUUACCUGAGAAAUAAAAUGAAAUGUCAAGCCUCCCUUCAGAAGGAAAAGGGAGCAACGAGAAAUCUCAAAGGCCAAGCUGUCAAACCAAGCAGGCAACUUGCAAAAUGUAAUAACUUUGUCAGAAUUGGCAAUUGCAAAACAAAGGUUAGAACGAAAGGUCUUGAAUAAGUUGUGUAAGACAGGUAACCAUAUUUAUUUCGUGCUGGGCACUUCAAUUGGUACUUAGAAGUCCGUGUAGUUUUCUGAUGUUUCAAUUGAUCCUUAUCAUUAUGGUGCAUAUGAAGAAGUACAAAUUCAGAAAUAAAUCAAUUCUUGAGAAUGGCCCUUUCCAUGUGAGAGUUGACAACUAUCAAGAUCUGCCACAUGUCAGUUUUUACAGUGUGGCUGUAACAAAACAAAGAGAUCAAUGAGGAAAUAGAAAAUUAUCGCAAGUUAGAUGACAAAAAGGUUUUGCCCAUUUGAAAAAGUAUUGGAUGGUUGAAAAGUCUUGUUGCCUUGUAGUCUCCAUUCUUUUUUUGAAAUUGCAGGUGAUAUUCAGCAGAACAGAACAUAAACCUUAUAAUCUUGUUUAAUAGUUUUAUGUACUUGUAAGGCCCUAAAAGUUUGAUGGAGUAAUUUUUUCUCUCCUACAUGUAUUAUUGCCAUGAUACGUAUCUUGAGCAACUCCUCUACAUGUUACGGAGUACCUAACGAUUCUGUAGCAGACUUUGAAAUUCAAAUUUUGACUGAUGCAGGAUAAUUCUUUGAUUGCUUAUUCAUGAUACAUUUAACCAAAAACUACGAUCAGCAUGCACCUUCGGAAAUAUUUUUUUUGGAGUUCUGAACCAUAGAAUACAGGGAGGGCAGGUGAAUUACUUGAGGUUUUCUCGUGCUUAUAUUGUAAAGUGCCAUAAACUUGCGUUGAGCAAUUUAUGAUAAUAUUAAAUUCUUGGCCCGUCAA